AUGGCCGGAGAAGGGGUUCGGGCAGACCCCGAAAAAUUGGACGCCAUGCAAAGAUGGCCACUGCCCAAGGAUUUGAAAGGUCUUAGAGGCUUCCUAGGCCUCACGGGAUAUUAUCGGAGGUUCAUUCAGAGUUAUGGAAUCAUCGCACAACCUCUGACGCAGAUGUUAAAGAAAGGGGCCUUUCAGUGGACAGAUAAGGCUAGGGCGGCCUUUGAAAGCUUGAAACACGCCCUUAUGACUGCACCGGUACUUACCCUCCUGGACCUCAACAAAACCUUCACAGUAGAGACCGACGCUUGUGAUGUUGGAGUGGGAGCCAUGCUCGGGCAAGACGGACAUCCAAUCGCUUAUAUGUCCAAGGCCCUAACCAAAAUGGCUAGAAAAACUUUUGGGUAUGACUUCAAGAUUGAGUACAAAAAGGGUCCUGAGAAUACAGCGGCAGACUCCCUCUCACGCUUGACUGAGCAACUUAUGACGCUCUCUGUGGUGGAAACAGACAUUUGGGAAAGAGGGAACGUCUUAUAUAGGAAGAAUCGCGCAGUGAUUCCUCCUAACUCUGGGCUUAGGCAAGAACUCCUGCAUCAUUUCCAUGACACUCUGGCCGCAGGUCAUGAGGAGGAGAAACACGAGGCCAUAAAGCCUCCGGGGCAUUUAAAUCCUUUUCCAAUUCCUUCGAAACCAUGGAACGACAUCACCAUGGACUUUAUUGAUGCUAUGCCUAGAUCUGAAGGCAAAGAAGCAAUCUUGGUGGUGGUCGAUCGUCUUACAAAGUAUAGUCACUUCGCGCCUCUGCCACGAUCAUAUCAAGGGCCAAUGGUGGCCAGCGUGUACCAAGAAUACGUAGGUAAACUCCACGGGAUGCCACAGUCAGUCGUGUGCGACAGGGACUCCAUCUUUCUCAGCGCAUUCUGGCAGGAGUACAUGAAGAAAAUGGGUACAACACUUAACUUCAGCACGGCCCAUCACCCGUAG